CGCAAGGAGAACCACCAGUAAUUGACUGGUCAAUAAAUUGGAUUUUAAAGGAAGCAAUGUUGAGAACAAUCCAAGAUAUAGAUUCAGAAUUUUCUCAGGAAGCUUUGGAAAAAGGCUAUACUUCUGGAUCUACUCUUACUCUUCUUCUUUUGGUAGAAGGUCAAAUUCUGAUUGCCAACGUUGGUGAUUCGAAGGCAAUUCUGUGUUCCCAUAAAAUUCGUUCUCCAGACGAUACAGGUGGGCAGUCAAGAGCACGUUUGUAUCUUUCUAGACAUUUAAGCUGAGAUAAGAAGAUUCGCAUUUGACUUUCAUAUAUGUUGAUGAAAACUGAUUAACCUUCACCAUAAUCAUUCUAGUGAAAGAA